AUGCAAUCCUUAAGCCUCCUCUCAGUCAUUUUAUUGCUACCCGCCUUUUUGGUGGCAUCCUCAGGCGAACGUCACACUCAAUGUUAUAACUAUUUCCUCAACAAAGAUCAAUGUGUUUACGGCUCUCAAUGUGACCCAUGUCCCGCAGGUCAACCUAUUCCUAAAAAGACAUGUGAGAGCGGCGGACAGUUCCAACACCCUACGGCCGUCAGCCCAACAGAUCAGAUGUCCUACUCGAUACCCGCCAAACACGCGCGCGUCCGCCGAUAUGAUACCACGACUCCAUCGUCUUUCGUCGCCGGAGGUAAUGGAAAUUGCGGUUUUUACAACACUACUAGUGACUUAGGUGAAGCUCAUGCCGGUUAUGUAAAACCCAAUUUAGGCGUGUGCAUUUGGUCCGGCAGUGACACGACUGGAAACAGCACAACCGAUAACGGAUGGUUGAACCAAGCCACCUCUGACAACUGCAACAAACAAAUCUAUAUCCAACGCCAAGGCCAACCCGACACCGUUAAGUUUGUUCCCGUCAUCGACUCCUGCAACUUCAACACCGUGGAUCCUGCGCUCGGCUGCUUCCAGGUCUUCGUGACCAGAGCUUUGUACGACUCAUUCAACCCCACCCAAGAGGAGUUGAACUCAGGAGCGUUGAACAACAUCACUUGGGACUUCAACAUCGGAUCAGCUGAAGACCGUCAGCCCGGUCCCAUCUAA